GCAGCUGACUCCGCACCCGGCCAGGAUGGGGAAACAGAACAGCAAGCUGCGGCCCGAGGUGAUGCAGGACCUGCUGGAAAGCACAGACUUCACGGAGCACGAGAUCCAGGAGUGGUACAAGGGGUUCCUGAGAGACUGCCCUAGUGGCCACUUGUCCAUGGAAGAGUUUAAGAAAAUCUACGGGAACUUCUUCCCCUACGGGGACGCCUCCAAGUUCGCCGAGCACGUCUUCCGCACCUUCGACGCCAACGGGGACGGCACAAUAGACUUCCGAGAGUUCAUCAUCGCCCUGAGCGUGACCUCGCGGGGCAAGCUGGAGCAGAAGCUCAAGUGGGCCUUCAGCAUGUACGACCUGGACGGGAACGGCUACAUCAGCAAGGCAGAGAUGCUGGAGAUCGUGCAGGCGAUCUAUAAGAUGGUUUCCUCAGUCAUGAAAAUGCCUGAAGAUGAGUCAACCCCAGAGAAAAGGACAGAAAAGAUCUUCCGCCAGAUGGACACCAACAGAGAUGGGAAGCUGUCGCUGGAGGAGUUUAUCCGCGGGGCCAAGAGCGACCCGUCCAUCGUGCGCCUGCUGCAGUGCGACCCCAGCAGCGCCGGCCAGUUCUGAGCCCCGCGCCCCGCGCCCCGUCAUCCUCUGCUUGUGGUUCCCUCUGAUCUCUCUCGUUCAAAGUUCAGUUCCGUUUUGCCAAACGACCUUGUUGGUGAUGCUGCCCCUGCCCCCUCCCCGGGUGCCGCCUGCGCGCCCCCCGCCGCUGCUUCCGUGGUGGUCGCUUCGUGGGAAUGCCCGUCACCCCAGCGCGCUCGUGGGGAGCAUGGACCGUGCCCAGACCUCGUGGUUUGCCUCUCCUGGCCAUUUCUCCUUGUUAGAGUUCUUUCCCUUUGGAUUCUAGUGUCUCUCUGUUCCCCAAAACCCAAGACUCUGGGAGGCCAGAGAAGAGAACUGAUCUGGUGAUACUAAGGGUGGUUUUUAUUUGGGGGGUCACUCCCUAGAGAAACCAGAUGUGGGUUCACGCAUGCUGCGGGGAGCUGGCACCCACACCUGGUGCCAGAAGGACAAGUUUCCCCUCAGAGUCAUACUCUGGGGGGCUCUGGACGGCAGUUCUCUACAGUGACUUUCUAGAUUCUUCCACUGGCUAUGGGGGCAAACUUGGGGUUGGAAAAUAGGGAAUUGACCCCAUGGUGAGCAGUGUCGCAUGGGGAGGGUGCUCCGUCCCCGCAGAGCCAGCCCACCUUCUGCCCAUGCCCCUAGUUUCUAAGCUGUGAACAUUUCGAGGUCGAUUCAAGGAGGAAUGGAAGACAAUGGUUCUUUCUCUAGGCUUACACUAGUGGAGCUAAGAGGAAUUGUUUGGAAAAUUGGACAUACAUGGUAACUUGCAAUUCCAGAACCAGAUCCAUCGUGCUGCCUCUUGUGAUUAAAAGAAGAAGGAAAAAAUAAGACUGUUGUAUAUACAAUAUUUGGGUAUUGCAGACAGAUGAAGUGUUUUUGCCUUGUUCCAAUGAAAUGCAUGUUUAGUGGCACUAAUACAAUCUUCUCCCAAGACUGUAUUUCGUAGCUUAUUGUGAAGUAAGCUGGCUACAAUGAAUGUCUGUUGUCUUUUAAAGUCCUACAUGUCUUUGCACAAAUGCACCCAUCAACAGGUAUAUUUUAUAUAUUCCAGAAAAAUAAAUGUACAAAGGAAUGUGGA